GCACUGGCAGGCAGGCGGCUGGGCAGAGCUGUCAACCUGCUGCAGGCGGGCGGGCGGGCGCCCGCACCCCGUUGGCAGCAAGGGCCGGGCUGGGGCUGCCGGCUCCGCCGCCCUCCCGCUUGCCCCAGCCCGGUGCGGCCGUGAGCCUCCUGCCGCCGCCGCCUCCCCCGCGGGGAGCGACCACCGCCGCUCGCCCGGGUCAGCGGGAGCAGCGCCCGGGAGAAGGAGAGAGAGAGGGGGAGCCAUGGCCGAGGGGGGCGAGGGCGAGGACGAGAUCCAGUUCCUGCGAACUGAUGAUGAAGUGGUUCUGCAGUGCACUGCAACUGUUCACAAGGAGCAACAGAAAUUGUGUCUUGCUGCUGAAGGAUUUGGCAACAGGCUUUGCUUUUUGGAAUCCACAUCAAAUUCUAAGAAUGUUCCACCUGAUUUGUCCAUCUGCACCUUUGUGCUGGAGCAGUCUCUGUCAGUACGGGCCCUCCAGGAAAUGCUGGCUAACACGGAAGAAAAGGCAGAAGGGCUAGUUGAUGUGGAAAAAUGGAAAUUUAUGAUGAAGUCUGCACAAGGUGGCGGUCAUCGAACGCUACUCUAUGGGCAUGCAAUCUUGCUGCGCCAUUCCUACAGCGGUAUGUAUCUAUGCUGCCUCUCUACAUCUCGAUCUUCAAUGGAUAAGCUGGCAUUUGAUGUAGGAUUGCAAGAGGACACAACAGGUGAGGCAUGCUGGUGGACCAUCCAUCCUGCUUCCAAGCAACGAUCAGAAGGAGAAAAAGUGCGUGUUGGAGAUGAUCUUAUUUUAGUCAGUGUCUCUUCAGAAAGAUAUUUGCAUCUCUCUUAUGGCAAUGGUAGCUUACAUGUUGAUGCAGCCUUCCAGCAGACACUCUGGAGCGUAGCACCAAUCAGUUCAGGAAGUGAAGUUGCCCAAGGAUAUCUGAUCGGAGGGGAUGUUCUGAGGUUAUUGCAUGGUCACAUGGAUGAAUGUUUGACAGUCCCUUCGGGUGAACAUGGAGAAGAACAAAGAAGAACUGUCCAUUAUGAAGGUGGUGCUGUGUCAAUUCAUGCUCGUUCCCUUUGGCGACUAGAGACUCUAAGAGUUGCGUGGAGUGGCAGCCACAUCAGAUGGGGACAGCCAUUCAGACUAAGACAUAUAACAACAGGAAAAUAUUUAAGUCUCCUGGAUGAUAAGAGUCUUCUUCUUACAGACAAAGAGAAAGCAGAUGUAAAAUCUACGGCAUUCUGUUUUCGGUCCUCCAAGGAAAAGUUGGACACAGGGACAAGAAAAGAAGUGGAUGGAAUGGGAGCCCCUGAAAUAAAAUACGGGGAUUCAAUAUGCUUCAUACAACAUGUAGAUACAGGCUUAUGGCUCACGUACCAGUCUGCUGAUGCAAAGUCUGUACGAAUGGGUUCUGUGCAGCGGAAGGCAAUAAUGCACCAUGAAGGUCACAUGGAUGAUGGUUUAACAUUGUCCAGAUCUCAGAAUGAAGAAUCCCGCACAGCACGUGUCAUCCGCAGUACGGUCUUCCUUUUCAACAGGUUUAUAAGGGGCCUUGAUGCUCUCAGCAAGAAAGCGAAGUCUUCCACCGUUGAUUUGCCUAUUGAGUCAGUCAGUCUGAGCCUUCAGGACUUGAUUGGCUACUUUCACCCCCCUGAUGAACAUUUGGAGCAUGAAGACAAACAAAACAGGCUCCGAGCACUGAAGAAUCGCCAGAACCUCUUCCAGGAAGAGGGUAUGAUCAACCUUGUUCUUGAAUGUAUUGAUCGCUUGAAUGUAUACAGCAGUGCAGCUCAUUUUGCAGACGUAGCUGGGAAGGAAGCUGGAGAAGCAUGGAAAUCUAUUCUGAAUUCUUUGUAUGAAUUGCUAGCGGCUCUGAUUCGAGGGAAUCGUAAAAACUGUGCUCAGUUUUCUGGAUCUCUUGAUUGGUUGAUCAGCAGAUUAGAAAGACUGGAAGCCUCUUCUGGAAUUCUGGAGGUUUUACACUGUGUGUUGGUGGAAAGCCCAGAAGCUCUAAACAUUAUUAAGGAAGGACAUAUUAAAUCAAUCAUCUGUCUUUUGGACAAACAUGGAAGAAACCAUAAGGUUUUGGAUGUUUUGUGUUCUCUCUGUGUUUGUCAUGGAGUAGCUGUUCGGUCUAAUCAACAUCUAAUCUGUGAUAAUCUCCUGCCAGGAAGAGAUCUGCUCUUACAGACGCGCCUUGUCAACCACGUGAGCAGCAUGCGACCCAACAUCUUCUUGGGGAUUAGUGAAGGCUCUGCCCAAUACAGAAAAUGGUACUAUGAACUUAUGGUGGACCAUCUAGAGCCCUUUGUGACUGCAGAAUCAACUCAUCUACGAGUGGGCUGGGCUUCAACAGAGGGCUACUCACCGUACCCAGGGGGAGGAGCAGAAUGGGGAGGAAAUGGUGUUGGUGAUGACUUGUAUUCCUAUGGUUUUGAUGGUCUGCAUCUGUGGUCAGGUUGUGUAGCGCGAACAGUAAAUUCUCCCAACCAACAUCUGUUAAGAACUGAUGAUGUUAUUAGCUGCUGUUUGGACCUGAGUGCCCCCAGCAUCUCUUUCCGGAUAAAUGGUCAGCCAGUUCAAGGAAUGUUUGAGAAUUUCAACAUAGAUGGCCUCUUCUUCCCAGUUGUCAGCUUCUCUGCAGGAAUAAAAGUACGUUUCUUACUUGGAGGUCGCCAUGGAGAGUUCAAGUUCCUUCCUCCACCUGGAUAUGCCCCUUGCUUUGAAGCUGUACUACCGAAAGAGAAGCUGAAAGUGGAGCAUAGCCGAGAGUACAAGCAGGAUCGUAGCUAUACAAGAGACCUACUGGGUCCCACUGUCUCUCUGUCACAAGCAGCUUUCACUCCAGUUCCUGUAGAUACUAGCCAGAUUGUUUUGCCUCCCCACUUGGAAAGGAUUAGAGAAAAAUUAGCAGAGAACAUCCAUGAACUUUGGGUUAUGAAUAAGAUUGAACUUGGCUGGCAGUAUGGACCAGUUAGAGAUGACAACAAAAGACAACACCCAUGUUUAGUGGAGUUCUCAAAAUUGCCGGAGCAGGAAAGAAAUUAUAACUUGCAAAUGUCACUUGAAACACUGAAAACCCUGCUGGCAUUAGGCUGCCAUGUUGGAAUUGCUGAUGAACAUGCUGAAGAAAAAGUGAAAAAAAUGAAACUUCCAAAGAACUACCAGUUGUUAAGUGGAUAUAAGCCUGCUCCCAUGGAUCUCAGUUUUAUCAAACUGACCCCUUCUCAAGAAGCUAUGGUGGAUAAACUAGCAGAGAAUGCUCACAAUGUGUGGGCAAGGGACCGUAUAAGGCAAGGCUGGACGUACGGUAUCCAGCAGGAUGUGAAAAAUCGACGAAAUCCUCGCCUUGUGCCUUAUGCUCUUUUGGAUGAUCGGACAAAGAAGUCAAACAAAGACAGUCUUCGGGAAGCAGUCCGCACCCUUCUAGGCUAUGGUUACAACCUGGAAGCUCCUGAUCAAGAUCAUGCAAUGAGACUGGACGUGUGCAGUGGGAUAAUGGAAAAAUUCAGGAUCUUCCGCACAGAAAAGACUUAUGCAGUGAAGGCUGGGAAGUGGUACUUUGAAUUUGAGGCAGUUACUGCAGGAGACAUGAGAGUUGGCUGGACCAGGCCGGGUUGUCUGCCAGAUCAGGAACUUGGCUCAGAUGAAGAAGCUUUUGUUUUUGAUGGCUUUAAGGCACAGCGGUGGCAUCAAGGUAAUGAGCAUUUUGGCCGCUCUUGGUUAGCAGGAGAUGUUGUUGGAUGUAUGGUUGACAUGAAUGAGCACACUAUGAUGUUCACCUUAAAUGGUGAAAUCUUGCUUGAUGACUCAGGUUCAGAACUUGCAUUCAAGGACUUUGAGGUUGGUGACGGAUUUCUACCUGUGUGCAGCCUGGGCCCAUCUCAAGUGGGAAGAAUGAACUUUGGAAAAGAUGUCAGCACGCUAAAAUAUUUCACUAUCUGUGGCUUACAGGAAGGGUAUGAACCCUUUGCUGUUAAUACAAACAGAGACAUCACCAUUUGGCUGAGUAAAAGGCUCCCUCAGUUUCUACCAGUGCCACAAAAUCAUGAACAUAUUGAGGUGAUGAGAAUUGAUGGCACCAUAGACAGCUGCCCCUGCCUGAAGGUCACACAGAAGUCCUUUGGUUCACAGAACAGUAAAACAGACGUCAUGUUUUUUCGAUUAAGCAUGCCCAUUGAAUGUGCUGAGGUAUUCUCCAGAUCAGCUGCAGGAGGGUUACCAGGCUCUGGUCUUUUUGGCCCGAAGAAUGACUUGGAGGAUUAUGAUGCUGAUUCUGAUUUUGAGGUUCUAAUGAAAACUGCUCAUGGUCAUCUAGUUCCUGACCGUACAGAACGAGAAAAAGAUGCCACAAAACCAGAGUUAAACAACCAUAAAGAUUAUGUUCAAGAAAAGCCUUCACGUCUUAAACAAAGAUUUAUGCUCAGAAGGACAAAGCCAGAUUAUAGCACUAGUCACUCUGCACGGCUUACUGAGGAUGUGCUAGCAGAUGAUAGGGAUGACUAUGAUUAUUUGAUGCAAACUUCCACGUACUAUUAUUCAGUGAGAAUAUUUCCUGGUCAAGAACCUGCCAAUGUCUGGGUGGGCUGGAUUACAUCUGACUUUCACCAGUAUGACACAAGCUUUGAUUUGGACAGAGUGCGUACUGUCACAGUUACACUGGGAGAUGAAAAAGGGAAGGUUCAUGAGAGUAUAAAACGCAGCAACUGCUAUAUGGUGUGCGCAGGAGAGAGCAUGAGCCCGGGACAAGGACGUAAUAAUAAUGGUCUGGAGAUUGGUUGCUUGGUUGAUGCUGCCAGUGGCUUGCUGACCUUCACAGCUAAUGGCAAGGAACUAGGCACGUACUAUCAGGUUGAACCGAGUACAAAAUUAUUUCCUGCUGUAUUUGCUCAAGCUACAAGCCCCAAUGUUUUCCAGUUUGAAUUGGGAAGAAUAAAGAAUGUAAUGCCAUUAUCUGCUGGCUUAUUCAAAAGUGAACACAAAAACCCAGUCUCUCAAUGUCCUCCACGUCUCCAUGUCCAAUUUCUGACUCAUGUGCUUUGGAGCAGAGUGCCAAACCACUUCUUGAAGGUUGAUGUCUCUCGGAUCAGUGAACGUCAAGGCUGGAUGAUACAGUGCCUGAAUCCUUUGCAGUUCAUGGCCCUUCAUAUUCCUGAAGAAAACAGAACAAUUGAUAUUUUAGAGCUGACAGAACAAGAAGAAUUGCUGAAAUUUCACUACCAUACCCUCCGAUUAUAUUCAGCUGUUUGUGCUUUAGGCAACAACCGAGUGGCCCAUGCUAUGUGUAGCCAUGUGGAUGAAUCUCAGCUCCUGUAUGCUAUUGAGAAUAAAUAUAUGCCAGGAUUAUUACGUGCAGGAUAUUAUGACUUACUCAUUGACAUCCAUCUCAAUACCUAUGCAACUGCCAGGUUAAUGAUGAAUAAUGAAUUUAUAGUUCCAAUGACAGAUGAGACCAAGAGUAUUACUUUGUUUCCUGAUGAAAACAAAAAACAUGGCCUCCCUGGUAUUGGACUUAGCACUUCAUUAAGGCCAAGAAUGCAGUUCUCCUCUCCAAGUUUUGUAAGCAUUAGCAGUGAAUGCUUUCAGUUCAGUCCUGAAUUCCCUCUGGAAAUCUUAAAGGCCAAAACCAUAGAGAUGCUGACUGAAGCUGUUCAGGAGGGCAGCCUCCAUGUCAGAGAUCCAGUUGGAGGUUCUACAGAAUUUCUGUUUGUCCCUCUCAUCAAGCUUUUUUAUACCCUUCUAAUUAUGGGAAUCUUCCACAAUGGGGAUCUGAAACACAUUUUGCAGUUGAUUGAGCCCAGGGUUUUCAAAGAAGCAAUGAGCCAGGAGGAUGAAGUUGAUUUCUCAGAGAAGGAGCUGAGUUCAGAUGAACUCAAGUCGGAAGAAGGAGAAGAAGAAACCAGAGGGGAGCAAGUGCCAAAGGAAGGACUCCUUCAGAUGAAACUUCCAGAACCUGUUAAAUUACAGAUGUGCCAUCUACUCCAGUACCUGUGUGAUUGCCAAGUACGACACCGAAUAGAAGCCAUUGUAGCAUUUUCAGAUGAUUUUGUGGCCAAGCUUCAAGAGAAUCAACGCUUCCGGUACAAUGAAGUGAUGCAGGCCUUGAACAUGUCUGCUGCCCUGACUGCUAGAAAAACAAAAGAAUUUCGAUCCCCACCUCAGGAGCAGAUUAACAUGCUGCUGAACUUUAAAGAUGAUAAAAAUGAUUGUCCUUGCCCUGAAGAAAUUCGGGAUCAACUCUUGGAUUUCCAUGAAGACCUAAUGACACACUGUGGAAUUGAACUAGAUGAAGAUGGAACCUUGGAUGGAAACAGUGAUUUAACCAUUAGGGGUCGCCUCCUAUACCUUAUGGAAAAAGUUACAUACCUGAAGAAGAAGCAAGCUGAGAAGCCAGUUGAUGAUGAUGCUAAGACAUCCUCUACUCUUCAGCAGUUGAUUUCAGACACAAUGGUACGCUGGGCCCAGGAAUCAGUGAUAGAAGACCCAGAGUUAGUAAGGGCCAUGUUUGUAUUGCUACACCGCCAAUAUGAUGGUAUUGGUGGCCUGGUUCGAGCCCUACCAAAGACGUACACCAUAAAUAGUGUGUCUGUGGAAGACACAAUCAAUCUUCUGGCAUCCCUCGGCCAAAUCCGUUCCUUGCUUAGUGUCAGAAUGGGGAAGGAGGAAGAGAAACUUAUGAUUCGUGGAUUAGGAGACAUCAUGAAUAAUAAAGUAUUUUACCAACAUCCAAAUCUCAUGAGAGCUUUAGGCAUGCAUGAAACUGUCAUGGAAGUGAUGGUAAAUGUGCUUGGUGGAGGAGAAUCCAAGGAAAUCACUUUCCCAAAGAUGGUGGCAAACUGCUGUCGUUUUCUAUGUUAUUUUUGCCGCAUCAGCAGACAGAAUCAAAAAGCUAUGUUUGAUCAUCUUAGCUAUUUAUUGGAAAACAGCAGUGUUGGCCUUGCCUCUCCUUCUAUGCGAGGAUCAACUCCUUUAGAUGUUGCAGCAGCCUCUGUGAUGGAUAACAAUGAACUUGCACUAGCUUUAAGAGAACCUGAUCUGGAGAAGGUGGUUCGCUACUUGGCUGGAUGUGGAUUGCAGAGUUGUCCUUUGUUGAUUUCUAAAGGCUACCCAGACAUAGGAUGGAAUCCAGUUGAAGGAGAGCGAUAUUUGGAUUUUCUUCGUUUUGCUGUUUUUUGCAAUGGAGAGAGUGUGGAGGAGAAUGCUAAUGUUGUAGUCAGACUGCUUAUCCGUCGACCUGAAUGUUUUGGUCCAGCUCUAAGAGGAGAAGGAGGCAAUGGGUUACUUGCUGCCAUGGAGGAAGCAAUACAAAUAUCAGAAGAUCCAACAAGAGAUGGACCUUCCCCAAGUAAUGGAUCUAGUAAAACCCUUGAAAUGGAAGAACAAGAAGAUGACACUAUUCACAUGGGAAAUGCAAUCAUGACCUUUUAUGCUGCUUUGAUUGAUCUGUUAGGACGUUGUGCCCCUGAAAUGCAUCUAAUCCAUGCUGGUAAAGGGGAAGCCAUUAGAAUCAGAUCAAUUCUGCGGUCUUUGAUUCCACUGGAAGAUUUGGUGGGAGUAAUCAGUAUUCCUUUCCACAUGCCAACCAUAGCUAAAGAUGGUACUGUGGUGGAACCUGACAUGUCUGCGGGGUUUUGCCCAGAUCACAAGGCAGCCAUGGUUUUGUUCCUUGACAGGGUCUAUGGAAUUGAGGACCAGGAUUUUCUUCUACACCUUCUUGAAGUUGGCUUUCUGCCAGAUCUUCGUGCUGCUGCUUCUUUAGAUACAGCUGCUUUAAGUGCUACGGAUAUGGCUUUGGCUCUGAAUCGGUACCUUUGCACAGCAGUCUUGCCUCUGUUGACCAGAUGUGCUCCUCUUUUUGCUGGCACAGAGCACCAUGCUUCCCUCAUCGAUUCCUUAUUACAUACUGUGUACAGACUCUCAAAGGGAUGCUCUCUUACCAAAGCUCAGCGAGAUUCUAUUGAAGAGUGUUUGCUGUCUAUCUGUGGGCAGUUGCGGCCUUCCAUGAUGCAGCAUUUGCUGAGAAGAUUAGUAUUCGAUGUUCCUCUAUUAAAUGAACAUGCAAAGAUGCCUCUCAAGUUGCUGACAAAUCAUUAUGAAAGAUGCUGGAAGUAUUAUUGUUUGCCAGGUGGAUGGGGUAACUUUGGUGCUGCCUCAGAAGAAGAACUUCAUUUAUCCAGAAAGUUGUUCUGGGGUAUUUUUGAUGCUUUGUCUCAAAAGAAGUAUGAACAAGAACUGUUCAAAUUGGCUUUGCCUUGUUUGAGCGCAGUUGCAGGGGCCUUACCUCCAGACUAUAUGGAAUCAAAUUAUGUCAAUAUGAUGGAAAAACAGUCUUCAAUGGAUUCAGAUGGGAACUUUAAUCCUCAACCUGUUGAUACAUCAAACAUUACAAUCCCUGAAAAGCUAGAAUAUUUCAUUAACAAAUAUGCAGAACACUCUCAUGACAAAUGGUCAAUGGAAAAGUUUGCCAAUGGAUGGACAUAUGGUGAAACGUAUUCUGAAUCUGCAAAAGUGCAACCAUUAAUGAAACAAUAUAAGUUACUAUCUGAAAAGGAGAAAGAAAUUUAUCGAUGGCCAAUCAAAGAAUCGCUGAAAACUAUGCUGGCAUGGGGAUGGCGAAUUGAAAGAACACGGGAGGGAGAUUCCAUGGCACUGUAUAAUCGGACACGUCGCAUAUCUCAAACCAGUCAAAUCUCUGUAGAUACAGCCCAUGGUUACACUCCUCGAGCGAUUGACAUGAGCAAUGUCACCCUCUCCAGAGACUUACAUGCUAUGGCUGAGAUGAUGGCUGAAAACUACCAUAACAUAUGGGCAAAGAAAAAGAAAAUGGAGCUUGAAGCAAAAGUAGGAGGAGGCAACCAUCCUCUUCUUGUUCCUUAUGAUACACUCACAGCCAAAGAAAAAGCCAAGGACAGAGAAAAAGCACAGGAUAUUCUGAAAUUUCUACAGAUUAAUGGAUAUGUUGUCUCCAGAGGACUUAAGGACCUGGAAUUGGACACACCUUCCAUUGAGAAACGCUUUGCCUACAGUUUCCUUCAGCAACUUAUAAGAUAUGUCGAUGAAGCCCAUCAGUACAUUCUGGAGUUUGAUGGUGGCAGCAGAGGCAAAGGAGAGCACUUCCCAUAUGAACAAGAAAUCAAGUUUUUUGCCAAAGUUGUGCUCCCUUUGAUUGAUCAGUAUUUUAAAAAUCAUCGCCUGUAUUUCUUAUCUGCAGCAAGUAGGCCUCUCAGCAGUGGAGGCCAUGCCUCUAAUAAAGAGAAAGAAAUGGUGACAAGCCUGUUCUGCAAACUUGGAGUUCUUGUCAGGCAUAGGAUUUCACUGUUUGGAAAUGAUGCAACAUCAAUAGUCAACUGUCUUCACAUACUGGGCCAGACCUUGGAUGCAAGGACUGUGAUGAAAACUGGUCUGGAAUCUGUUAAGAUGGCAUUGAGAGCAUUUUUGGACAAUGCUGCUGAAGAUCUGGAGAAAACAAUGGAAAAUCUUAAGCAAGGCCAGUUUACACACAGCAGAAACCAGCCAAAGGGAGUUACACAAAUCAUUAAUUAUACCACAGUUGCUCUCCUGCCAGUGCUAUCUUCAUUAUUUGAGCAUAUUGGACAGCACCAGUUUGGGGAAGAUUUGAUAUUGGAAGAUGUUCAGGUCUCCUGCUACAGAAUAUUGGCCAGUUUAUAUGCUCUGGGAACCAGCAAGAGUAUCUAUGUAGAGCGGCAACGAUCAGCACUAGGAGAAUGCUUGGCUGCUUUCUCAGGGGCCUUUCCAGUGGCUUUUUUGGAAACUCAUUUGAACAAACAUAACAUCUACUCAAUUUACAAUACCAAGAAUGCAAGAGACAGAGCAGUUCUCAAUUUGCCUACUAGUGUAGAAGAGGUUUGCCCAAAUAUUCCCUCCUUGGUGAAGCUAAUGGAAGAAAUUGUGGAACUGGCAGAGUCUGGUAUUCGUUACACACAAAUGCCACAUAUCAUGGAAGUAAUACUGCCUAUGCUAUGUAGUUACAUGUCACACUGGUGGGAGCAUGGGCCAGAAAACAACCCUGACAAGGUUGAAAUGUGUUGCACAGCCUUGACAUCAGAGCACAUGAACACUCUGUUGGGUAACAUAUUGAAAAUCAUCUAUAACAACCUUGGUAUUGAUGAAGGAGCCUGGAUGAAGAGAUUAGCAGUGUUUUCCCAGCCCAUCAUAAGCAAAGCGAAGCCACAGCUCUUAAAGACACACUUCCUGCCACUGAUGGAUAAGCUAAAGAAAAAAGCAGCAGUGGUUGUAUCGGAUGAAGAACAUCUAAGAGCAGAAGGCAGAGGUGACAUGUCGGAGGCUGAACUGCUCAUCCUAGAUGAGUUCACCACUUUGGCACGGGACCUCUAUGCCUUCUACCCUUUGUUGAUUAGAUUUGUGGACUAUAACAGGGCAAAAUGGCUGAAAGAGCCCAACCCUGAAGCAGAAGAAUUGUUCCGCAUGGUGGCUGAGGUCUUCAUUUACUGGUCAAAGUCUCAUAAUUUCAAAAGGGAAGAGCAGAACUUUGUGGUACAAAAUGAAAUCAACAACAUGUCUUUCCUUAUCAGUGACACCAAAUCUAAGAUGUCCAAGGCAGCAGUUUCUGACCAGGAGAGGAAGAAGAUGAAGCGAAAAGGUGACCGGUACUCUAUGCAGACCUCUCUCAUUGUGGCAGCAUUGAAGAGAUUACUUCCUAUUGGCCUAAACAUUUGUGCUCCUGGAGACCAAGAGCUAAUUGCACUGGCCAAAAAUCGAUUCAGUAUGAAAGAUACUGAAGAUGAAGUGCGAGAUAUCAUCCGCAGUAAUCUUCACCUGCAGGGCAAGUACCGAGCCUUUUAUUUCAAGAAAUUGAUGACGAAACUUGCAUUCAUUUUGACAUGGAUGAAGCUCAAGUCACCAAAAUCUUCUUCCCGCCAUGCUAAUUCACACCUUGAAAUGUCAACUACUCAUACCCUUAGAAAACUACCUAUACAAAAAAGCUGUACCUUGAUAGAAUGUGAGGAGUCCUCAGAUCAAAAGACAUCUCCACCUGUGAUUAAAAAGUCUUUUGUGGACUAUCCAUUCAUGAUGAUCCAGUCAAAUGCUCACACAAAGACUAUGGAUGUGACAGUUGUUAAGAAAUGGAAAAGCCGAAAGGUGGAAGAAAUGCCUGCCAAUUGUGGCUUUCUAGGUUAUAAUAAGCUAUUAUUGAGCGACUGUCUUGAGGAUCCUGCCAUUAGGUGGCAGAUGGCACUUUACAAAGAUUUACCAAACAGGACUGAAGAUUCCUCAGAUCCAGAGAAGACUGUGGAAAGGGUCCUUGAUAUAGCUAAUGUACUGUUUCACCUGGAACAGAGAUCUGCUUGCUUUGGCCGAGGCUAUUUCUUUUGGGUUGAGCAUCCUCAGCGGUCCAAAAAAGCAGUGUGGCAUAAGCUGCUGUCUAAACAGAGGAAAAGAGCAGUAGUUGCCUGCUUUAGAAUGGCACCAUUGUAUAAUCUGCCAAGGCACCGAGCUGUCAAUCUCUUUCUUCAAGGCUAUGAUAAAUCUUGGAUUGAGACAGAAGAACACUAUUUUGAAGACAAACUGAUAGAAGAUUUAGCAAAACCUGGGGAGGAACCACCAGAAGAAGAUGAAAGCCUUAAAAGAGUUGAUCCUUUACAUCAACUUAUUCUGCUAUUCAGUCGAACAGCCUUGACUGAAAAAUGCAAAUUGGAAGAAGAUUUCCUGUAUAUGGCUUAUGCUGACAUUAUGGCAAAGAGCUGCCAUGAUGAAGAAGAUGAUGAUGGUGAAGAAGAAGUGAAGAGUUUUGAAGUGACAGGAUCACAGCGCAGCAAGGAAAAAGAAAUGGAAAAGCAAAAACUUCUGUAUCAACAAGCCAGACUGCAUGACCGGGGUGCUGCUGAGAUGGUUCUGCAGACAAUCAGUGCUAGUAAAGGUGAGAUGGGGCCAAUGGUUGCAGCUACCCUAAAGCUAGGGAUUGCCAUCUUAAAUGGAGGAAAUUCUACCGUUCAACAGAAAAUGCUUGACUACCUCAAGGAUAAAAAGGAUGUGGGGUUCUUUCAGAGCCUUGCUGGUCUUAUGCAGUCCUGUAGUGUUCUUGACCUAAAUGCGUUUGAACGUCAGAACAAAGCAGAAGGCCUUGGCAUGGUGACUGAAGAGGGAUCAGUCAUCACUCAUGAGCGUGGAGAAAAGGUGAUGCAGGAUGAUGAGUUCACCUGUGACCUCUUCCGCUUCCUUCAAUUGCUUUGUGAAGGACAUAAUUCAGAUUUUCAGAAUUACCUGAGAACUCAGACUGGUAACAACACAACUGUUAAUAUUAUCAUUUCCACUGUGGAUUACUUAUUAAGAGUUCAGGAAUCCAUUAGUGAUUUCUACUGGUAUUAUUCUGGGAAGGAUGUUAUUGAUGAGCAAGGACAACGAAAUUUUUCCAAAGCCAUCCAGGUUGCAAAACAAGUUUUCAAUACUCUUACGGAGUAUAUCCAGGGGCCAUGUACUGGGAAUCAGCAAAGCCUGGCACACAGCAGGCUCUGGGAUGCUGUGGUUGGUUUUCUUCAUGUGUUUGCCCACAUGCAGAUGAAGCUGUCUCAGGAUUCCAGUCAAAUUGAAUUACUGAAGGAAUUAAUGGAUCUUCAGAAGGAUAUGGUUGUCAUGUUGCUGUCUAUGCUGGAAGGUAAUGUUGUGAAUGGAACUAUUGGCAAGCAGAUGGUCGAUAUGCUUGUGGAAUCGUCCAACAACGUGGAGAUGAUUCUGAAGUUUUUUGAUAUGUUCUUAAAAUUGAAGGAUUUGACUUCCUCUGAUGCAUUCAAAGAAUAUGACCCUGAUGGUAAAGGGAUAAUUUCAAAGAGGGAUUUUCACAAGGCAAUGGAAAGCCAUAAGCAUUACACCCAGUCUGAAACUGAGUUUCUACUAUCGUGUGCUGAAACAGAUGAGAAUGAGACUCUGGACUAUGAGGAGUUUGUGAAACGAUUCCAUGAACCUGCCAAAGACAUUGGUUUCAAUGUCGCUGUUCUCCUGACCAACCUGUCAGAACACAUGCCACAUGAUACCCGCUUGCAAACUUUUCUUGAACUGUCAGAGAGUGUGCUGAAUUACUUUCAGCCUUUCCUUGGGCGCAUAGAAAUCAUGGGCAGUGCAAAGCGCAUUGAACGAGUUUAUUUUGAAAUAAGUGAGUCAAGUCGGACUCAGUGGGAGAAACCUCAGGUAAAAGAGUCAAAGAGACAAUUUAUAUUUGAUGUUGUAAAUGAAGGCGGGGAGAAAGAAAAGAUGGAGCUUUUUGUUAAUUUCUGUGAGGAUACCAUCUUUGAAAUGCAACUGGCUGCCCAGAUCUCUGAGUCAGAUCUGAAUGAAAGGUCAGCAAAUAAAGAGGAGAAUGAGAAAGAUAAGCCUGAAGAACAGGAUCCUAGAAUGGGUUUCUUCUCCCUCGUGACCAUGAAGUCAGCAUUAGUAGCGCUCAAGUAUAAUUUAAUGACUCUUAUGAAAAUGCUCAGCAUGAAGAGCCUAAAGAAACAGAUGAAAAAGGUGAAGAAAAUGACCAUGAAGGACAUGGUCAUGGCCUUGUUUUCUUCCUAUUGGAGCAUUUUGAUGGGCUUACUACAUUUUGCUUGUAGUGUCGUACGGGGCUUCUUUCGCAUCAUAUGCAGUUUGCUGCUUGGAGGAAGCCUAGUAGAAGGAGCAAAGAAAAUCAAGGUGGCUGAACUAUUAGCUAAUAUGCCAGAUCCCACUCAGGAUGAGGUGCGUGGGGAAGGAGAAGAGGGGGAAAGGAAGCCAACAGAAGCUGCAUUGCCUGCAGAAGACUUGACAGAUCUGAGAACUUUGUCAGAUGAGAGUGAUCUACUCUCAGAUAUAUUUGGUUUGGAUUUGAAACGAGAAGGUGGGCAGUAUAAAUUGAUCCCUCACAAUCCAAAUGCUGGUUUGAGUGAUUUACUGAGCACUCCCUCCUUAGCUCCAAUGCCUGAGGUGCAGGAAAAAAUCCAGGAGCAGGUGAAAGAAGAUGAAAAGGAAGAGAAGGAGGAAACAAAAUCUGAACCUGAAAAAGCAGAAGGAGAAGAUGGAGAAAAAGAAGAGAAAGCCAAGGAAGACAAAGGGAAACAGAAAUUGAGACAACUCCAUACUCACAGAUAUGGAGAACCAGAAGUUCAGGAAUCAGCUUUCUGGAAGAAAAUCAUUGCAUACCAACAGAAGCUUCUUAAUUAUUUUGCGCGAAACUUUUAUAACAUGAGGAUGUUGGCGUUGUUUGUUGCUUUUGCCAUCAACUUCAUCCUGCUUUUCUAUAAGGUCUCCACCUCUGCUGUGACAGAAGAAAAGGAAGUUCCUGUGGUAUCUGCUGCUGAAAGUACCAAGUUAAACAGCCUGGAAAGCGACAACCAGAGGAUCAUUGCAGUGCAUUAUGUCCUGGAAGAAAGCAGUGGCUACAUGGAGCCCACGCUGCGGAUUUUGGCCAUCCUGCACACAGUCAUCUCAUUCUUCUGCAUCAUAGGGUAUUACUGUUUGAAAGUUCCACUGGUUAUUUUUAAGAGAGAAAAGGAAGUGGCAAGGAAAUUGGAAUUUGAUGGGCUGUAUAUAACUGAACAGCCAUCAGAAGACGAUAUUAAGGGACAGUGGGACAGACUCGUAAUCAACACACAGUCUUUUCCAAAUAAUUACUGGGACAAAUUUGUGAAAAGAAAGGUCAUGGAUAAAUAUGGUGAGUUCUAUGGCCGUGACAGGAUCAGUGAGUUACUAGGAAUGGACAAAGCUGCUCUCGAUUUUAGUGAUGCUCGAGAAAAGAAGAAACCAAAGAAGGAUAGCUCCUUAUCUGCUGUGCUAAAUUCCAUUGAUGUUAAGUAUCAGAUGUGGAAAUUAGGAGUUGUUUUCACUGAUAAUUCUUUCCUUUACCUAGCGUGGUACAUGACCAUGUCAGUCCUUGGCCAUUACAACAAUUUUUUCUUUGCUGCUCAUCUCCUUGACAUUGCAAUGGGAUUCAAGACUUUACGAACUAUCUUGUCAUCAGUGACUCACAAUGGCAAACAGCUUGUCCUAACAGUGGGAUUACUGGCAGUAGUAGUAUACUUGUAUACAGUAGUGGCAUUCAAUUUUUUCCGCAAGUUCUACAACAAGAGUGAAGAUGGUGAUAUGCCAGACAUGAAAUGUGAUGAUAUGCUAACAUGCUACAUGUUUCACAUGUACGUUGGAGUACGUGCAGGUGGAGGCAUUGGUGAUGAGAUCGAGGAUCCAGCAGGAGAUGAAUAUGAAAUCUAUCGGAUUAUCUUUGACAUCACUUUCUUCUUCUUUGUGAUUGUCAUCCUGCUUGCAAUUAUUCAAGGUUUAAUUAUUGAUGCUUUUGGUGAGUUAAGAGAUCAGCAAGAGCAAGUUAAGGAAGACAUGGAGACAAAGUGCUUUAUCUGUGGAAUAGGAAAUGACUACUUUGAUACAGUGCCCCAUGGCUUUGAAACACACACACUACAGGAGCACAACUUGGCCAAUUAUUUGUUUUUUCUGAUGUAUCUUAUUAACAAAGAUGAAACAGAGCAUACAGGACAGGAAUCCUAUGUAUGGAAAAUGUAUCAAGAACGGUGCUGGGAGUUUUUCCCUGCUGGUGAUUGCUUCCGAAAACAGUAUGAAGACCAGCUCAACUAAGCAGAGAUGAGGAUUUCCAGACAAAAAUAUGUCCAUGUAUUUCCCAAGUCUUUUGGGAAUAUCCAACAGAUUUCUUAAAUCCCCAAAGCUGUGUGCUUUUUGGAGCACCAAAGCUCUGUUUUUAAUGACCCAACUGCGCUUUUAUUUUCUUGUGUAUUUGCUUUGAGAACACUGGAGUAAAGAACAAUGAAAAAUAACAGCAACUCCGGAAAACAAACCAACCACUUGCACACACACAAAAGAUACCCCUAUACAUAACAUGCACACAUAAGAAGAGACUUGAGACAGCUUAUUUCUGAAACUGCCAGAUGAUGCCCUUGUCUAUAAGAUCACACAUGGGGUGACAUGGUAGCAACACUCAUUCAAUCUGUUUAUUUCAUCAUCCUGGAAGGAACUAUAUAUAGUUCGCAGAGCACUGUAAAAGAUUGUUGUGGACACUAAGUUGUGGGGAAAUAGUGCCUUACUAUAUGUGGGUUGAGCUAUGCAGAAGACGAGUGCAUGAUGACAUCUUUUUUUUUUUCUUUGUCUUCCCUUUCUUCCAAGUUAAUAUUUAUUUUGUGGUUUUGGUGGGUUUGGGAGGAAGGAAUUUGAUUGUGCACAUCUUUUUAAUAAGACUGGAGUGUCUCAGGACAAGAUUAGGUUGUUUUCAUCAAGUUCAUUUCACAUUUACCUUCCUCUUUAGCUUUUGCUCUUAUUUUGGUAAUGCUCUGAUACAACACUGCAACUUUAUGAAAUCUUUGUAUGAAAACAAGACGACUGCAAAAAAACACUUUAACAAGAAAUGUUUCAUUGCAUGUUUAUUAUGCAAGUUUAAAACAAUCAAAAAAACAACCUUCAGAAGCAAGUUGAUCAACAUGAAAAAACAUUCACAAUAAUUAUAUCCAUAGUAAUAAAGUGUUGUGGGCUUUAUUGUACAUCUGGAACAAGUGUCAUCGGCCAACAAUGUAUAUGUUAUGAAUUUAACAGUAGUUUUGGUUUCUUUUCUUUUCCUUUCUUUCAUUUCUGCCACCUGUGAUCGAUAGUGGAGUUGAAGAUUUUCUUGUUAAAUUAUUUUUUAAAAGCAAAGCUGAAGCAAUAUCCAUUCAGGGACUCCAUCAGUUGCAUCAUGAAACACCAAUGAUGUGUACAUCACUCCAUUUUGAGUCCUUUUCAAUUGUAAUGCCAGUCUUUACAAAUAAAAAGAGAGAUUCAGAAUGGAAACAA